AGCGAACAAGUGUGUAUAAAAAGGACAUUUCGCUCAGUCGUCGACUCCUGUUAAUAAAGCGAAACUGCGACGCAGUAAGACGGAACAGUUUUGGCCCUAGCAAGGAGAAAAAGUGUUUCCAUUUUCCGCUGCAACAAAGAUUAUUUUCCAAGAAAUUGUGCAACAAAUUGAACCAUAAGCGAAAACCGAAGAACCAGUCGCUGGGCUUUUGUGUGUGUGUUAAAAGCGCGUCAGAAACAGUUGGGCAGUCGAAAAGUUUCCAGCCCCAGCUGCAUAGUAGCCGAGAAAAACACACGCGCUAACCGUUAAUUAGUUUUCCCCCUCACCGCUGAAUCUUUAAUUCGAGGACAGUCCGGGGACCUGCUGCUAAUUAAGCCUGGGACUUACCAACAACGCAGUAGCGAAAGAGCGAGGCUGGAGGAUGCAUUAACCAGGUGGCAGCCGCGAGGAGGUGCCACAACUCGUAAAUAUUUGAAGACCAUCACUUGAGAAUGCCCCAAUAAAGAAGUAAGAAUACUCGAAAUAAAAAGAUAAUACCCAGCGAUCAUGUCAAAUCUUCUCUACAUGGACAAGUCGAAUGGCAAUGGCGUCUAUGCGGUCAAGCCCAACAGCAGCCACACGGACAACGAUAAUGCCCCGAUGGGAGCAGGUGUUGCCCCAACCACAAACUCGACAGCAGUAGCAGCAGGAGGUGGAGGUGGAGGGGCGGCAGCCGGCUGCCCCACAACGUUGGCCACAGCAAAUAACAUAAACAUAAUGAACGGAGCCGCCGCUGCUGCAGCUGCAUCGGCGUCCACUCUGCCAACUUCCGCUUCCAGCGAGGACCUCAGCCAGAGCCUGUCCGAGUACACAGAUGCGGACGAGAGUAUAUCCGCCCCCACUGAGUUUCUCGCUGAGUUCCUGUCCGCCGUCAUGCUCAAGGACUACAAAAAGGCAUUGAAAUAUUGCAAAUUGAUCCUCCAAUACGAGCCCAACAACAGCACGGCAAAGGAGUUCUAUCCCCUCAUCCUGGACAAGCUGCGGGGAGUAGCCGCGUCCAGCGACAGCGACGAGAACUACAAUAAAUCUUCAUCAGCCGAACUGGCCCUGGACCUACAUGAAUCUGAUGCUGAAGGCGACGGCGAUGGCGACGGCGAUGGCGAUGGCGACGGGAGUGACAGUAGCAACAACUGUUCCGAGGAGGACAACGGCUGGGGUGACGAUGAAAUUGACAAUGUGGAUGUGGAGGGCGAGGAGGAGAGCAGCAGCAGUGGCGAUGACUUUGAGCUGCCGAUCGAUGAGCAGCAGGAUCUAGCUGCUGUCGAUGGCCUGGCCGUGCCGCACUCCCACUCCCACUCUCAUUCCCACAGCCACAAUGACUCGGGCUCCUCGCGCAACUCGUCGAGCGGCGGAGGCGGGCGCAGCGACAACACCACCCACUCCUACUCGAGUCUGCUGCUGGAAGAGGAGGACGACAUUGUUCCAAUCAGCCUGAGCUUUGGCCUCAAGGACACCACGGCCACAGAUCUGGAUGUUAGCAAUGGAAACAAGGUGCCUUCCGCUUCGUGCAGCGACUCGGAGUCACCCACAGAACCACUGACGCAGCGACUGGCGGCCAUACUCCGCUCCAAGUGCGGUGUCUCCUCCGGCGGCAAUGAAGACCCCUACUGAGGGAACCCCGAUCUAUAGAUCUGUUUAUACUACACUUACACUGAGCAACACUCGAAGGUUUUAGAAAGGAACCAAAGAUUGGAGAUGGGUCUGAUUCUGUUGCACAGUGCUAUCUAUAUUCUUGUAUACUCCACCCCUUUGCCCCGCUAGUCUCUCCACUAGUGCGACCGCUUUACGAACCUAGAAACCGUCCCUACAUACUGCAUACACUCGUAUAUUGUAUCUUGUAUCUCCAAUUGCAACGUUUUCUCUUCAAACGCGAUUCUAUUCUCCCUAGGACAAACAUAUCGUACAAACUCAAAAAGUACUUAUAUACAUUAAUACCUAUAUAUUAUAUAUACUAUUAUAUAAACUUUAUAUGUUUAGCCCUAGACCUAGUUACAGCUCGACUAGCUACAGAGCCCCCAAUAAAGAUAUACUCGAUAUCAUAAGAGGCAUACAUAUAUAGGUGACUAUACACACAGAUACAGAGUGCGAAACAUACAAACAAACAAACAAAAUUAAUAGAUAUACUGAACAGAUAUAUACAUAUAAUAUAUUUUAGUAAUACACCCAUUCAGAACGCACAGGACAUGGAAUGCUUUACAUACAAUUUGCAUUUGAUAGAGAUCGAUUUUUUUCCCCAGACAUAGAGACACAGAUCUCUGACGGAGGACAAGCCUAGAAGCUAAGGAUAAGUCUGAUAAGAGAGGAAAGAACAGCGAACAGAGAACAGAACACGAACGAAUGUAGCACUAAAACUGAAAUGGU